CGCGCGCAGGCAGCUCUCCUCCUCUUCCUCCCCCCUCUGGCCAUGCAGCGCAGCGCUGGCUCGCUUCUUUCCACCGGCCCGGCGGCUCUCGCCGCCCCUUCUUCACGCCCGUCGCGCUGGCGAAGGAGAAGCAGCCGGUCAACACGUUACUAGCGGGGGGACUCCCGGGGCUGCUGCUGCUCCCCUCUGAACUUGCAACGGGCGGGAGGAGCCGCUUGGCCGCUGCUAAUUUCAUGAUCUGAUUUCACCUUGCGGUGUUACCCGCCGAUCAGAUGCGGUCGCUAAUUCCAGCAAGAGUUUUGCAAAGCUCUUAAGCACCCUUGGGCUGGAUGCAGCAACCUGUUUACUCCGAGGCGCUGGAGAAGAGGAAGGAGUGUUUGCAAUGAUCUGGCAGGGGGGAGGGAGCUUGUAUGUUCGCAGAGACCUUUCCGUGCAGUAGAGGCAAACCGCCGGGAUAAAGCCAACAUCAAGAGGAUGUGAUUAGGUAGCUCAAGACCCGCUGCAAGUGUUACCCCAGAAAGGGCGGCGCGCUGGAUGGGGGGCGGCGGGUUCCUCUAGCGUUUGCACUUGCUACGAUAAUUCGGAGACGUUGAUGCAACUUCUCAAGCUGGAGCCGGUGUGCGAGUGUUUGUCAGCAGCAGGGACAUGGGUCUAACUCCUAACACCACCAGCGUGGGCAGCAGCUGCUUAUAAAGGGGGAGCCACCGAGUGCGACCACCUCACCGCCAUGCAGCCCCACCGCGCGCCCUUCGCAUUCGCCUUGGUCCUGCAGCUGCUCGGAGCUUUGACCCCCUUCGCCCAAGUGGCCGGCCCCCGGGCGCCCUUGGCCCCAGCUGCUCUGGAGGGGAGAGCGGAUCGCGAGAGAGAAGGUGCUCCGCAUGCAACCCGGCGCCAGGCAGCCCCUGGGCUGCUCCAGCAAGUGCUGCCCUCACCCAAAGAGGAGAGCCGCCGGACCGUCCGCGGAUUCAGUUUAGGAAACGGUGCCAGAGGGUCGUGGCAGAAAGCGCUUGCCAGCAGAUCCAAAGCAACAGCACCACAUGCAGCGGCGGAAGAGGCUGCACCGAUGCACGGCGCUAGGGACUUUGCUGCUGACGCUGCCCUUCGCUUGGGCGUGAGGAACAGUAGCAGUAGAUUUCCUGCCCUGGAGCCUAGGAGGCAGCCUGAGACCCCUGGGCAGGACCCUGGCGAGGGGAGGGAGAAUACGGACCGAUCGGUAGCUAUGGGGAUGGGAGGAUACUCUACUCUCCAGUGGCUUGCCGUGCACGGGGAGGAAGGUAGCAGCCAUGCUUCAAGCCACAGCCCCAAGAGGCUUGCCAGGAGCAGGAGAGGAGCCAGCGAGCUGCAGGGCAGGGGCAAGGGAGGAGGGGGAGGGAAACCCAGGAGCCUUAAGAAUAGCAACCUGGCAAAGCCUUUCAACAGCUCCUUGGGCAGCCCGGCACCUCCAGCCAGGGGUGAUGGAGAGGAGGAGGAUGCCCCUCAGCUGCUGCCUUUGAAUGGCUCCUCCCGCGGUGGGCUAGAGAGGGGCGCAGGAGCCCGCAGCAAUGGGACAAGCCGCCGGGCCCGGCUGAAGAACCCUUUCUACCCGCUGACCGAGGAGUCGUACGGCGCCUAUGCGGUCAUGUGCCUGUCCGUGGUGAUAUUCGGCAUCGGGAUCAUGGGCAACAUGGCAGUGAUGUGCAUCGUGUGCCACAACUACUACAUGAGGAGUAUCUCCAACUCCCUGCUGGCCAACCUGGCCUUCUGGGACUUCCUCAUCAUCUUCUUCUGCCUGCCCCUGGUGAUCUUUCAGGAGCUCACCAAAAAGUGGCUGCUGGCAGACUUCUCCUGCAAAAUCGUUCCAUACAUCGAGGUAGCUUCUCUUGGAGUCACUACGUUCACACUAUGUGCCCUCUGUAUAGACCGAUUUCGUGCUGCCACUAAUGUACAGAUGUAUUAUGAGAUGAUUGAAAACUGUACUUCAACAACUGCCAAACUGGCCGUUAUAUGGGUUGGUGCUCUGUUGUUGGCACUUCCAGAGGUUGUUUUACGCCAGUUGACAAAGGAAGACUCUCCAUUUAGUGGCAGCCCACCAGGGGAACGGUGCGUGGUAAAGAUCUCUACUGAAUUACCUGAUACCAUUUAUGUAUUAGCUCUCACAUAUGAUGGUGCAAGACUCUGGUGGUAUUUUGGCUGCUACUUUUGUUUGCCUACUCUUUUCACUAUUACCUGUUCUCUGGUAACAGCAAGGAAAAUCAGACGAGCAGAGAAGGCUUGCACACGAGGGAACAAGCGACAAAUUCAGCUGGAAAGUCAGAUGAACUGCACAGUGGUGGCUUUGACCAUUUUGUAUGGGUUUUGCAUCAUUCCUGAAAACAUUUGCAACAUUGUGACUGCAUACAUGUCCACAGGAGUCUCCCGGCAGACUAUGGAUCUCCUCCAUCUCAUUAGCCAGUUUCUUUUGUUCUUUAAGUCCUGUGUGACCCCAGUCCUCCUUUUCUGUCUUUGCAAACCGUUCAGUCGGGCCUUUAUGGAAUGUUGCUGUUGUUGCUGUGAUGAAUGCAUACAGAAGUCUUCAACGGUAACAAGCGAUGACAAUGACAAUGAGUACACCACAGAGCUUGAACUCUCCCCUUUCAGUACCAUCCGUCGUGAAAUGUCCACCUUUGCUUCGGUUGGGACUCACUGCUAAUCGACUCUGUGGCUUUAUUUGCAGUACCCCUGUUGUUUUUUUUAAACGUCAUAUUUUUCUUGUUGGAACAAAAUGCAAGGAAAAAAUGUUGCUUCUAAGAACUACCCUGUAAACCGAUUUGCAUAUUAACACUUGUGCUUUGGAAAAUAAUUUCUGUUGAGUUAUUAAAAUGAGAGAGCCAACAUGGAGUUUUAAAUCAUUGUAUUUGGGAUGGUGCUCGUAUUCUAUUGUUUGAGGUAGCGGGGCAACCACGUCGACCUACUUUAUUUAAUUCCUUGCUAAUUUUUUUAUAAUCACUGUAAAUUGAUUACAUAAACGUGAUUUUUUGAAAGAUGUUUAAUGUAAAAGAUGUGGUGGAAAGUAUUUGAAGCUAGUUUUAAUCCAAUUUACUGUACAAUAUUGUGAGAAUAUUUGGAGUCUGGGAAAUUUACAAGGUAGUAUAAUAAUAAAUGAGAUUUUAUUCUUUAA